AUGGAGACACAUGAUCCGGAGACAAAGCACUUUUUCGACAUCUGGCACAUAUCGAAAAGUGUGAAGAAAAAACUGACUGCUAUCAGUAAAAGCGCUAGCUGUCCAAGCUUAGAUGGCUGGAUUCAGGGAACAUCAAACCACUUAUAUUGGUGCGCAAAGGCUGGAGGAGGAAAUUCCCAAAUGACUGUCGACGCAUGGCUCAGUAUCCAUAAUCAUGUGAUCAACAUUCACAACGGGUAUGCUGGAUCAUAUUUGCGUUGCCUCCAUGGCCCAAUUCCAAAUGGGGACUGGCUUGAACCCGAUUCACUAGCUUAUAAAAAGUUCAAGGAAGUGACAGGAAACAAGCGCAUCUUGAAUGGCGUGGCGCAGAUGUCGCCAAACAUCCAAACCUAUGCCCUGGAGUCAUUUCACAGCCUCCUUAUCAGGUUUGCGCCAAAAUCAGUGGCCUUCUCCCCUGAAGGCAUGCGUUGCAGGACGAGACUGGCAGUUCUCCAUUACAAUGAAAACGCUGAACGUUGCCAAGCGGAGACAUCGGCUGGAGUACAACGGUGGAAAGUGAAAAGCUGUAAAGCAAGGCAGGGCCACCAAGUUGCUUGCCCCAUUAAAACUCCACCAACAUUCAACUACAUUGUGAAGCUGCUUCCACAAGCUGAAACUGAAUGCACACUUUCAGCGCGUUCCUGGAAUACAGUCCUCACAUGUGUGGGGAUGUGGGGAAAGCAGGAUGAACAGAUCGGACGCAGGAAUUAUGAGCUCAUUGAGAGCGGCGACUACGGUUAA